AUGGAUCUUGAGUUCGGCAGGGGCCUGAGAUCCCCAAAGAGGGACUCAUGGAAGACCACCUUGCUGCUGGCGUACCAGAGCUUGGGGGUGGUCUAUGGAGACCUCAGCAUAUCUCCGCUGUACGUGUACUCGAGCACCUUCGCCGAGGACAUCCAGCACUCGAAGACGAACGAAGAGAUCUUUGGCGUGCUCUCCUUCGUGUUCUGGACGCUCACCUUGAUCCCUCUCAUCAAGUACGUCUCCGUUGUCCUACGAGCUGACGACAAUGGCGAGGGAGGAACGUUUGCCCUGUACUCUCUGAUUUGCAGGCACGCCAAUGUGAGCCUUCUCCCGAACCGGCAGAUUGCUGAUGAGGAGCUUUCCACCUAUAAACUGGAAUGCCCUCCUGAAAUAACCGACAAGUCCUGGAUCAAAGUGUUGCUUGAGAAGCACAGGAAGCUGCGCGUUGCUCUACUGAUCAUGGUUAUGAUUGGCACAUGCAUGGUUAUCGGGGACGGCGUUCUCACGCCAGCUAUAUCUGUGUUCUCAGCAGUUUCAGGCCUUGAGUUUUCUCUGUCCAAGGAUCACCGUGAAUAUGCUGUCAUUCCAAUAACCUGUGUCAUAUUAGCAUUCCUAUUUGCCCUCCAGCACUAUGGUACACACCGGGUUGGAUUUCUCUUUGCCCCGAUAGUUCUAGCCUGGCUAUUCUGCAUGAGUGCUCUUGGCCUUUAUAAUAUCAUCCACUGGAAUCCUCAUAUCUACAAAGCUCUAAAUCCUUCUCAUAUGUUCAAGUUCUUAAAAAAGACUAGAAAGUAUGGUUGGAUGUCACUCGGUGGAAUCUUGCUCUGCAUGACAGGAUCAGAAGCAAUGUUUGCAGAUCUUGGCCACUUCUCAUACAGUGCAAUCCAGCUUGCUUUCACUUGUCUAGUUUACCCCGCACUGAUUCUGGCAUACAUGGGUCAAGCUGCUUACUUAUCAAAACAUCAUGACUUUUACUCUAGUUCACAAGUUGGAUUUUACAUCGCAGUUCCAGAUAAGAUCAGAUGGCCAGUGCUCAUAUUGGCAAUUUUGGCUUCGGUAGUUGGAAGUCAAGCAAUCAUCAGCGGAACAUUCUCAAUCAUCAAUCAGAGCCAGUCCCUGAGCUGCUUCCCUCGAGUAAAAGUUAUACACACAUCUGAGAAAAUUCAUGGCCAAAUAUACAUCCCUGAGAUCAAUUGGUUGCUUAUGAUCCUUUGCAUUGCUGUGACCGUUGGAUUUAGGGAUACAAAACACAUGGGAAAUGCAUCUGGUUUGGCUGUGAUCACAGUGAUGCUGGUGACGACGUUCCUGACAUCCUUGGUCAUCGUUCUGUGCUGGCACAAGCCACCGCUGCUGGCGUUGGCUUUCCUCCUGUUCUUUGGAUCCAUCGAGGCGCUCUACUUCUCUGCGUCCCUGAUUAAGUUCCUGGAAGGCGCGUGGCUGCCCAUCCUCCUGGCGCUCAUCCUGAUGGCCGUCAUGCUCAUCUGGCACUACACGACCAUCAAGAAGUACGAGUUCGACCUGCACAACAAGGUGACCCUGGAGUGGCUGCUCGCCCUCGGGGACAAGCUGGGCAUGGUCCGCGUCCCCGGCAUCGGCCUCGUGUACACGGACCUGACGUCAGGCGUCCCGGCCAACUUCUCCCGGUUCGUGACCAACCUCCCGGCGUUCCACCAGGUGCUGGUGUUCGUGUGCGUCAAGUCAGUGCCGGUGCCGUACGUGUUCCCGGCGGAGCGGUACCUCAUUGGGCGCGUCGGCCCACCAGGCCACCGCUCGUACCGGUGCAUCGUGCGCUACGGCUACCGCGACGUGCACCAGGACGUGGACUCGUUCGAGACGGAGCUCGUGGAGACCCUGGCCACGUUCAUAAAGCUGGACGCCUCGUACCGGUGCAGCGAGGCCAGCGAGCAGGAGCUGGAGCCUGGCGAGCGGGAGCAGCGGCUGACCGUGAUCGCGAGCAACCCGCUCCGGCGCCGCGCCAGCUACGACCUCCAGGACAGCAUGCAGCACUCGGCAGCAUCCACCGUGGAGAUGCGCGCCACGGCCGCCGCCGCCUCCGCUGACGACGACGACAGCCUGAGCCCCGGGCGCGCGGAGAUCAGCUCGGCAGCAGCGGGGCCGAAGCAGGUGCGGUUCUUCAUCGACAGCCACGUGGCGAGCCCGGAGUUCGCGGAGAACAAGCAGGUGGCGGAGGAGCUGGAGGCGCUGGCGGCGGCCCGGGAGUGCGGCACGGCGUUCAUCCUGGGGCACUCGCACGUGCAGUGCAAGCCUGGGUCGUCGGUGCUGAAGCGGCUGGCGGUGGACGUCGGGUACAACUUCCUGCGGCGCAACUGCCGCGGCCCGGACGUGGCGCUGCGCGUGCCGCCUGCGUCGCUGCUGGAGGUCGGCAUGGUGUACGUGCUUUGA